AUGCGUCCCUCCCUCCUUCUCCGGGCAGCUCAGCACCGGACUCCCCUGAUCAAGUUCAUCGGAAAGCACACCCCACCGAAGUCAAUCGAUCACGCUCCUCACCCUCAUCCUGCCUCGCCGACCCAUUCUCUCCCCGACAGUUUCAUUACCUACCGCUCCAAGGCACAGCAACAUGGUCCUUUAGGAAGCCAGCACGGCAACGGCAACGGCCAGGGGCAUGCCUCGCCCUACCAAGCACCUACCUCGGGGGUGAUGACGUACGGACGCAUCGGCGGCACUCCCGGACAGGCUCUUGGGCCAGUCGAGCCCCGAGAAGGCGAGUACUUUGACAGAAAUGAACUGCCCAAGAGGUUUUGGCGCCCUCAGUGGACGGAAGAGGAGAUUGAGGCCGUCAACAGCGGCGGCGCCGGGUUAUUCGCGUGA